AUGGGUGGUUCAGUGGUAGAAUUCUCGCCUGCCACGCGGGAGGCCCGGGUUCGAUUCCCGGCCCAUGCAGCGCGCCGCCCCCUUUUGGCCGCGCGCGCCCGGCUUCCUCGCGCACGCGCUCAAGCCACAGGGCCUGAGCCUGAACCAGCUGUGCUCACGCCGGGGGCCCUGCCCUCCUGCCCCGCCCCGCUUCCCCCUGCCGACUUGUCUGUUCUGGUCUCUCGCCCGUGGCCGCCAGCCCUGGCCGCCACGCUCCACCCGGCUGCCCGCCCCCUGCCGCCCGACGUGGCCCAGCCCCGGGAUGCUCUCUAUGGCCACCUGGCCGCGGUCUCCUUCAAACACGGGCCACUCCCCACUGCUAAAGUCACCGCGAGCACCAGGUCCAUGCAGCCUAGCCAGCACCGGCGCCAGCACACCCAGCCUCGAGGGACAGCGCCACCGCCACGGCUGUCACCAGCACGUCGGGUCCACGAACGGCGGCGCACCAGCAUGGGCAUCACGGCCAAGGGCACGGAGCACCAGCACCAGCACCAGCACCAGGACUACCACCACCAUGCCAGAAGCAGUUGUACCAGCAGCAGCAGCAGCAGCACAGCAGCAGCAGCGGGACGUGCCCACCGCCAGCAGGCCAGCGUAGGCAUGAUCGCCAACAGACUGAAGUCCUCCGCGGUCACCGCCACCACCGAGGCCACCAUCAGCACACCGGCACGGCAGCAGCAGCAGGACCGAGGCCAGCGCACGGGCAAGGGCAUCGCCGGCGGCGGCACCGAAGGCCUUCCCGGACCCCCGACCCCCAUCGCUCACCGAGUCCACCGUUACACCGGGGCCCCGGGGGACGCCGUCACCAACAGCGCCAAAGUUCGCCACCACCAUCACCGGCGGCGGCGGAGGCAGCGGCGGCAGCAGCAGCAACACGAGUACCAGCGCCGCUGGCCCCUCCACCCCCACCAGCCCCUCUUGCCCGAACGACCCCACCCCUGUCACCCGCCUCCCCGUGCCCUCCUUUCCCAGUCCUCAUUUGUCGAUGAUCCGCAGCCCAGCGCAGCCCAGCGGCCUCCCGGCACCUCUCCCGCCGCCGUCCACCGCCACCACGGGGUCUCCCAGCCCUCUGGCACCGGGACCCACUCCCCACCGCCACCCACCCCCACGUGCCACGUGCCGCUCCUUCCAGCCUCCAGGCUCAAACCCUCCAUCUACCACCGACCCCUUGGACCCCACACCCACGUCCUACACUCAAGGCCGGCAGUCCCGGUCUCCCACAGGCUCCUCAGGCACACGCCCAGCGUGUCCCGUCCCCUACCUCACAGCUCGCCCGCCCGCACAGGUGCACAGGUGCAGGAGAGGCGCCGGGCAGGGUGCCCUGCCGCACCCGAGCCCCCGCAGACACCCUGCCUCAGUGGCCAGCCCCACUCUCGGCCAGUGCCCGCCGGCGCCACACGUCCCGGGCCCUCACUCCACGCACACACCCGGUACUCCUUCUCCCACUGCCCGGCUCGGUCCGCUCCUGGCCCUCCCCCUCUUUCCGGGACGCUUUGCGCCUUGCUGCCCCUGACCCCCGUGGGAGGCGACGCGCCGGGGAGAACACCCUCGUCCCGCGCUAUCCCCCACCGUCGCGGACUCCCCGCACCCCCACCCCCACCCAUACAGCCAGAGGGAGAGGCGAGGGCGCUGAGGGAACUGCCCGUGCUGACGGGAAGCACCCCGGAGGGCCCACGGGCGCUCCUCUUCCACCGCCGCCCGACCGUGGCCAAUCCAGCCAGCGAGCCGCGGAAGGCUCACGCAGAGCGCGGGCCGGCCCUCUGCGCCUCCGACGGAGACAGACGGUCUCUGGACACACAGCAAAGCCUUGGAGGGGCCGGCGUGCAAGCGUUGGCAGGAAGGAGGCCGGGCGCUGCGGUUCACCUGCAGGAGCAGCGGCGCCAGGAGACCCGCACCCGGGCGGAGACAGGGCUGCAGGCUCUCCUGCCUAGCCCCACUGGCCUCCUGCAUCUAUCUCCCUGCUCUCUGGCCUCCACUGCCUGGUGGUCCGGCCACCGGGACACGCCCACAACCGCUUUCCAACCACCGCCUGCCCGGGCGGGGGCGGCGGGGGCCGGCGCUCUGCUCCCAUCCCCGCCCAAGCCCAAGACCACCACCCACGGGCGCCGCCAUCGCUGGCGGUUGCCGGGCGACGGCCGAGAGAAGGCACCGGUGGCUCCAGCAAGUGACCCCCGACUCAGAGAGAGACAGUUGGCUCACCCUCCCCACACCCGGCCCCCUCUGCCUCGGCCCGCCGCCCCCCCAUGCCCCCAGCGCGGGCCGCCGCCAAGUAGCAAACCUCACCAAGGAGCCAGCGGGGGGCCGGGGGUGGGGGCGCUGCGAGCCGCCACGAACCUUUCUCCCGGCGGCAGGGGUGCUGCGGGAGAGUCCAAGCACCCACGGAGGCCCGAGGCGCCCGGCCUGUCGGUGGCCCUCGGCUGGGGGUCGGAACGGCGUCCCGGACUGUCGGGCCUGGGGCGGAGCGAGACGGGGAGCCAGGCGAGCGUCCGGGGGAGGCGGCCGCGAGACGGCCGAGACCUCCAGUCGUCCCACCUGCCGGCCAGCCAGCCAGCGAGGCCAAAAGGCUUGGGCCGGCCCGACGGAGCCCGCCAGGCAAGCCAGGCCUUGGGCUCGACGGGGCGGGUGGCCUCGUGCGCCCGCGCAGCCUCGGUCAGCUCGGGGCCAGGGAGAACGCACGAGCGAGCUUCGGCUAAAAGGGGUGUGCGGCGGCGGUCUUGCGAGAGGAAGAAGAAAGGCUUCCCUGACCGGGAAUCGAACCCGGGCCGCGGCGCCCGGGCCGCCCCCGGACGCCGGCCCAGGCUCCGCACCAGCGCCUCCUCGCCCUCUCGCCACCGCCUCCGCCGCCUGCCGCAGCCCUGCCCCGACGUGCCGGCCGGCCGCAGCUCUGCGCCGUCGCGGGCGCCACCAGCGGCCGCCCGGCGCCCCACCCGCGCCACCCCCACGCAGCCCUGGCUGCUCCGCAGGCACGACCGCCCGCCGCCUCCGCCGCCCGCCUCUGGGGGGCGCUCUCGCCGCCCUGCGGCUCCCGGGCCCUCGGCUUCGGCCCGGCCCCCACGGCCACCUCCACGGGCAGCCCGGCAGCCGGGCAGCUGUCCGUCGCGUGAGCGAGGAGCCCGUGGCGGCCAGCCUCCCGUCAGGAGGUCCCGGCUGGGCUGGGCCGAGCCCGCACGCGCCAGGGCGCCAGGGCGCCAGGGCCGACGAGGAAGGGCAGGGGGUGCGGGGGGUCGGGUCGACGGCGGGCAGGACGGGCCCCCGCGGUCGCCCCGCGCCUCUGGCCGCACGGGGCCGGGCGGAGGCACGAGGGAGGAGAAGGAGGACAAGGAGGAGAAGGAGGAGAAGGAGGGCCCUGGGGGCCGGCGUACGUUUGGGCAGCGCGGCGGCGGCGCCCGCGACCAAAAGAGGGCGUGUCUCGCCUCCCCGUCGGGGAAUCGAACCCCGGUCUCCCGCGUGACAGGCGGGGAUACUCACCACUAUACUAACGAGGACGGCGGCGGCGGCCGCCCGGGCGCCCGACCCCUCUCCGCCCGCCCGCCCGCCCCCGGCCUGCCUGCCUGCCCACGCCCACCCGGGCCCUCGACGUCCCGCGCGCCCUCCUGCCAGGCGCCCGCCACGUGCCCCGGGCCACGGCCCACCCGGCCCGACCCCCCGGCCGCCGCGUCAGCGCGCACAGCAGUCCCCCGGCCCGACUCGGAGCGUCGCGCCCCCGGACCCCCGCCGCCCCCCCCCCGCCCAGCCGCGCGGGGAUGGCGGCGGGAGAAGACGCCCGACACGGCAAGCAGGGCUGCGCGAGCGAGCCGGAGGCCCCGCGCCGGGGAUGGGCCGCGGCGGGCGGCGGGGGCGGCGGGGGCGGCGGGGGGCCGGACGCCGGCAGCAGGGUGCGCGCCCCGGGAAGGGGGAGGGGGCGGCGGCGAGGACCGCGGCGAGGGCGGCGGCGCCAGCAGAGUCAGUCGGCGGGCCGUUGGCCUCGUCGACCGGGACGCGAGUCCCGUCCGUCCGUCCGUCCGUCCGUCCGUCGCGCACCCACACGGCCGCCAGCCAGCUCCGGGGUCGGCGCCGGGUCGCAGCCAGGCGAGCGGCGGCGCGCCCAGGCCCGCCGUCAGGAUGGCCGAGCGGUCUAAGCGGGCUGCGGGCUGCGGGCUGCGGGCUGCGGGCUGGCUGCGCCCUGGCACACGUGGCCCGGGACCCACGCAGCUGCAGCGCCUCGGCCCUCCGGCCACAGGCUUGGCGCCCCCGCGCCCUCCCUCCCCCGCCACCUCCCGCCCUCGCCUCUCCCUCCUCCUCAUCCCACGGCGGCCGCGGGCCUCGGCAACUCGGCAAGUCGGCGGCACGGCUCUCCGGGGGCUCCGUUUGCCCUCUUCCUUCCCGCCGCCGCCCCCUGCAGGCCAGCCGCGGGCCGAAAUGCCGGCAGCCCCGCGCGGGCCGGGCCACGCUCCCACUGAGGGGCGCGCCUCGCUCGCCUCCUCGCUCUCCCAGCCCCGCCCUACACCUCCCCCCGCCCGCCCGCGGGAGCGCGGGGUCCCCACGGCCUGUCCUUUCCGCCGGCCCCCAUUCAUUCCGUGGUCUCCACCCCCUCCGUCCCCGGGGCGCCCACGAGGCGUGGCCACCCGGAGGCCUCACCACGGCCACACGCCCGCCAGGCGGGCAGCCGAGCCCUCCGCGCGCCAGCCAGAGACGGGACCCCCGCCCCGUUCGCUGGGCCUGGCCCGGGGGGGCGGGGUGGGGUCCACCCCGCCGUGGUGGCUCCGGGGAGCCCUGAGCGCAAGGCAGCCCUGCCUCCCCGGGCCCCCUCCGCGCCGGAAGCCGCUGCGGGGCCGGGGCUCCAGGACGCCAGCGCGCUCCCUCACCGCGCCGCCCGCCAGCCAGCCAGCCGGCGGCCGCUCCGCCCAAGCGCACCUGCCGGCCUCACCCCCACCGCAGCCCAGCCGGCCCCGACGGAGAGCUGCGGGCAGAGCUCACACGCCUUUCUUUGGCCUCUUGGCUUGGGCGCUACUCGGCGGCCCCCAUCUCCGACGACGACACCGACGCCGACACGCACACACGCGCACCCCCCCCCCCCCCCCCCCCGCGGCACCCCGGGAGCGCACACAAUCCGAGCUCCGGGCCCCAGCCGGCCCCCGCCGGCGCGCACUGCACGGGCCGGAGAGCCAUCCGCCCAUGGGCCUUCGGGGGGCGCCGGGAGGGAAGGGAAGGUCCGCGCUGAGCUGCGCCGGCCACAGACGCCCCGCGCUGCCUGGGAAUCGGGCGCGGGUCAGGCUUGGCCAGGCUGCUCCUCCCGGCAGGACAGUGUCUGGCGGCGGCCCCGCCCCAGGGAGAGGGCGCAGGGUGAGCCGAGUCCGCCUCGGGGCCUCGCUGGGACCGUGGGCGCCGCGCGCCGGCCCGAGCCCGAGCCCGAGCCCGAGCCCGAGCCCUCGGCGCAUCUGCACGGGCGCGGAGCCUGUCUUGCAGACCGCGGGCCCGCCGCCCGCCCCCGCGCAGCGGGUGCUCACCACUGGCCGUGCCGGGACGACGACGAGCGCCGCUGGGGAAGCCGUCUGGUGGCCGCCGCCACCGCCCCGGGAUGCUCUCUAUGGCCACCUGGCCGCGGUCUCCUUCAAACACGGGCCACUCCCCACUGCUAAAGUCACCGCGAGCACCAGGUCCAUGCAGCCUAGCCAGCACCGGCGCCAGCACACCCAGCCUCGAGGGACAGCGCCACCGCCACGGCUGUCACCAGCACGUCGGGUCCACGAACGGCGGCGCACCAGCAUGGGCAUCACGGCCAAGGGCACGGAGGUCACCUCCCCCCCUCGCCCGGCCUCCACGACCCCCGCAGCACUUGGUCCACCACCAACCCCCAGGACCACCAUCCCCACACCAGCACCAGCACCAGCACCAGCACCAGGACUACCACCACCAUGCCAGAAGCAGUUGUACCAGCAGCAGCAGCAGCAGCAGCAGCAGCAGCAGCGGGACGUGCCCACCGCCAGCAGGCCAGCGUAG